AUUUCGCUGCUUUUCACCAUGUCAGACCAUCAAUACAAAUUCAAUGUCACCAUGAGCUGCGGGGGUUGCUCUGGUGCCGUGGAACGAGUCCUCAAGAAGUUAAAUGGUGUCAAGUCCUUUGAUGUGAAUUUGGAGUCUCAGACCGCCCUUGUGGUGGCUGACGAGACUUUACCCUAUGAAACAGUGUUGGCAACGAUCAAGAAGACUGGGAAAGGAGUUAAUAGUGGGGAGGCUGAUGGUGUCGCUCGGGAAGUCUGAGGGGUGUGCACAGGAGUGGUGCAUAUCAAGCGACUCAGCAGCCUUCUAAACCCAGCCCGGCUUCUGCUGCUGCUUUCUGGCAUUUUAUUUUGUCAACCGUGCAAGAAAACCCUGCAGAUCUUGUUUUUCAUGCAGAUGGCAGCCUUGCCCAUUUACUUUGGUUAGGGACAUGAUUAAGGGCAUUCAUUAGACCAGGCUUUGAUGUGCACAAGGUAGUUCAGAAUAAUUACAUAAGAAGUAUUGCACUUGUCAUAUUCACUGUUGACAUGUG